UCAAGAGUUUGGCAUUUCCUCUGAGCUCACUCACUCACACACUCGCACACAGUCAAGCGGCCGCUCUCUCGUUUCACACGGCGCUCGGCGAUACGACAGGGGGGGAUUUUCAAACAUCCUGGACGAGUGGACUCGUGGUGCUCGGCAAAUAGGACAUCGGCGUGUAAACUUCGCCCCCGAGGUUAGAAGAACUUCUUUUAGAGAGUUUAGGACGGCGAGGAGAACUCGGGAUAAUCCUGAACAUCUGGAAGACUGACUCAGCAUGGGCUAAGCACCCCCGUCCCAUGCCUGCGAGAGCUCAGACGAACUGGACUGGAACAGGAGGAUGAGUGUGUACACGCUAAACCUCAGGGUUUUCUGGCUUCUGGUCACUUGCGUCCUCGGCGUCCUGCUGCUGCUUCAUCAUUUCCUCCCACGAGGAUCCGACGAGCGGUCCGAUGGCUGCUCCGAUCAGGGAACCGGAUCCAUCCCGCUCAUCAAGUACGUCUUCGCCUUUGCACUGUGUUAUUUCUUCAUCAGGUACUGCUCGUCUCAGCCUGGGACUACUAAACGAAGCUUUCACGCGGUUGCUGGAAGACCCACGGGUCCUAAAAGGGAGGUGUUGGAGGAGCACUUCGAGAGACAUGUGCGCCUUUCUCCGCACGUUCUCGGCCACAGCAAGGCUCACGUGGCGAAGCUGGUGAGCGAACUGGUGCGAGUCGGACGGGCCGAUGUUCUUCCCGAGUCCUCUCUGGCUUUCCGCGGGGACUUUGUUCAGAUCGGGAGCUCGUACGAGGAGCACAAAGUGGGCUCGCCGGAUUGUUUUGACAUCCUGGUCCCGCUCAGGCUUCCCCGAGGGCUCAAAUUGGAGCCGUGCAGCCACGGUAACAGCCUCGGCGGUGCACCACUGGUCACUCUGGAGACGCCGCGUAAGGAGGAAUGGCCACGGCGCCACAAAGCCUUCACAGAUGCCUACUUGCGGUCAAACGGUUCACCGGGAAUGUACAGGCUGAGUCCGGACUCGGUGAUGCGCUGGUUUUACUGCGCGUCCCAGCGCUGCCUGUCUACCGUACGGUACCCAUUCGAUCAGCGCUGCUUACUCAGUCUUUCUCUCAGUGAGGGACAGCGCGUACAGCUGCACCUCACACCGCGAUCCGACUACGUCUGCUGUCACAUCUCCAUGGGCGUUCGCCUCAUCCCGGCACUUCCUCUGGGUGACUCCGCCUUCUUGGUCGCGUCCCCCGGAGCUCAGCGUUCGGAGGACCUUUGGACGGUUUACUUCCCGAAGCAGGAGCAGAAGCUCCUUGGAUGGUUGAAAGCCAAACUCCCCGCCAGCUCCUGCCAUCUAAAGUGCCUUCAGCUGCUCAAGGAAGUGCGGGACCUCGGCGGGCAAACGUUAGACCAACAAGCAGGAGCUGAGUGGAAAGGAGUUCUGUCGUCCUAUGUUCUGAAAACCGCGUGGCUACGUCUCCUUCUCAGCACGCCGUUCGAGGCCUGGGAAGACCGCCACCUGAUGGACAGGAUGGAAGACCUGCUGCGUUUUCUAAGAGACGGGCUACAAACCAGGAGUCUCCGCCAUCUCCUUCUCGGCGGCGACAAAGGUCUUCUACCCGAAUCCGUCGCUUUGCCGAAGAUCGUCAAGGAAACCGUGCCGUCUAACAUGUGGGCCGAAUUCAGCGCCGGAUCUCUGGACCUGGUCAGUGCCCGGCUGUCCUACUCCUGGACUCAUCUGCCUCGUUUAAUCCGUCUCGGCCGUCCGCAAAGGACGACUCUGGGACGAGGGGUUCGCUGUAAGCACGUUGACGCUGAAUAGAUGCUUUAUUUCCCGUCAGGGACUCGGGUGUACACGUCUUAACGGUGAUCUGGAAUCUUCUAGCAUCAGGUGUGUUUCGUUAAAGCAAAGGAGUGAAAAGGAAAACAUGAGCAAGGGUUAUGUAUUUAUUUUAUUUAAAAAAAAUUUCAAGCAGUAUUUUGAAAUGCAGUUUUUAUUCGUUGGAGAAAAACACAAGUACUGUACGGUCUGCUGGUACAAACCCUUCUUAACGUACUGUAUCUCAGAGGUCAUCGAGGUCAAAAGGUUCAGAACAGAUCCAAGGGACACUUUCCUGCUUUACGUUUGUGUGUGUGUGUGUGUGUGUGUGUGUGUGUGUGUGUGUGUGUGUGUGUGUGUUCUCAACCAAAGACAUGUACAGCUGUGUUUAACAGGAGAUAUAAAUUUCUACAUGUGAAAGAGCUGGUUGAGUUUUGUGUUGACUCAGAGACAUCAUGUGGGUCGGGGACAGUCAGAACAGGUUUAACACCAAUAAGGGCACACACACACACACACACACACACACACACACACACACACACACACACACACACACACACACACACACACACACACACAGUGUUUAUAACUAACUAUUAGCAGUGUGUAAUGCAUCACAGUGUCAUCAUGUUAUGAGUGAUAUAUUCUCUACUGUGUCUCAACACUAAACUGCAAAAACAUU